UCUCAAGAUAAGGACGCGCUGGCUAAAGGUACAUCAGAUAACGGCCUCCUUGGCCAAGUCCUAGUCCUGCCAUCCUGAGGCUCAGGUGGAGCCAGCAGGGCAGUCUGCCACUGGCUCCCCAACUGCAGCCACUCCGAGGAGGGUCAGGCUACCAGAAAAUCUGCUCAGCUUUGCUGCCCGUUGGCCAUGGGUGACCUUCCAUCUUUGACCCCCAGAGGGUCCAUAGGACUCCAGGGAAACAGAGGCUCCCAGAGCUCCCUGGAGGGGGCUCUUGCCACUGCACCUGAGCCUCACAGUCUGGGCGUCCUCCAUGCCUCCUACAGCAUCAGCCACCGUGUGGAGCCCUGGUGGGACAUCACAUCUUGCCGGCGACAGUGGACCAGGCAGAUCCUCAAAGACGUCUCCUUAUAUGUGGAGAGCGGGCAGGUCAUGUGCAUCCUAGGAAGCUCAGGCUCCGGGAAAACCACGCUGCUGGACGCCAUGUCUGGGAGGCUGCGGCGCACGGGGACCUUCCUAGGGGAGGUGUAUGUGAACGGCCAGGAGCUGCGCCGGGACCAGUUCCAGGACUGCUUCUCCUACGUCCUACAGAGCGACACCCUGCUGAGCAGCCUCACCGUGCGCGAGACGCUGCGCUACACAGCGCUGCUGGCCAUCCGCGGCGGCAGUCCAGGCUUCUUCCAGAAGAAGCUGGAGCCUGUCAUGGCAGAGCUGAGUCUGAGCCAUGUGGCAGACCGACUGAUUGGCAACUACAAUUUGGGUGGCAUUUCCAUUGGUGAGCGGCGCCGGGUCUCCAUCGCAGCCCAGCUGCUCCAGGAUCCCAAGGUCAUGCUGUUUGAUGAGCCGACCACAGGCCUAGACUGCAUGACGGCUAAUCAGAUUGUCAUCCUCCUGGUGGAACUGGCUCGCAGGAACCGAAUUGUGGUCCUUACCAUUCACCAGCCCCGUUCUGAGCUUUUUCAGCUCUUUGACAAAAUUGCCAUCCUGAGCUUCGGAGAGCUGGUUUUCUGUGGCACACCAGUGGAAAUGCUUGAUUUCUUCAAUGACUGCGGUUACCCUUGUCCUGAACAUUCAAACCCUUUUGACUUCUAUAUGGACCUUACGUCAGUGGAUACCCAAAGCAAGGAACGGGAAAUAGAAACCUACAAGAGAGUCCAGAUGAUAGAAUCUGCCUACAAGAAAUCAGCAAUUUGUCAUAAAACUUUGGAGAAUAUUGAAAGAACGAAACACCUGAAAACAUUACCAAUGAUUCCUUUCAAAACCAAAGAUUCUCCCGGAGUUUUCUCUAAACUGGGUGUUCUCUUGAGGAGAGUGACAAGAAACUUGGUGAGAAAUAAGCUGGCAGUGAUUAUGCGUCUCCUUCAGAAUCUGAUCAUGGGUUUGUUCCUCCUUUUCUUCGUUCUACGGGUCCAGAACAAUGUGCUAAAGGGUGCUAUCCAGGACCGCGUGGGUCUCCUGUACCAGUUUGUGGGUGCCACCCCGUACACAGGCAUGCUCAACGCUGUGAAUCUGUUUCCUGUGCUGCGAGCUGUGAGCGACCAGGAGAGUCAGGAUGGCCUCUACCAGAAGUGGCAGAUGCUGCUGGCCUAUGCGCUGCACGUCCUCCCCUUCAGCGUUGUUGCCACCAUGAUUUUCAGCAGUGUGUGCUACUGGACGCUGGGCUUAUAUCCUGAGGUUGCCAGAUUUGGAUAUUUCUCUGCUGCUCUCUUGGCCCCCCACUUAAUUGGUGAAUUUCUAACCCUUGUGCUACUUGGUAUGGUCCAAAACCCAAAUAUAGUCAACAGCGUAGUGGCUCUGCUGUCCAUUGCGGGGGUGCUUAUUGGAUCUGGAUUCCUCAGAAACAUACAAGAAAUGCCCAUUCCUUUUAAAAUCAUCAGUUAUUUUACAUUCCAAAAAUAUUGCAGUGAGAUUCUUAUAGUCAAUGAGUUCUACGGACUGAAUUUCACUUGUGGCAGCGCAAAUGUUUCUGUGACAACUAACCCAAUGUGUGCCUUCACUCAAGGAAUUCAGUUCAUUGAGCAAACCUGCCCAGGUGCAACAUCUAGAUUCACAGUGAACUUUCUGGUUUUGUAUUCAUUUAUUCCAGCUCUUGUCAUCCUAGGAAUAGUUGUUUUCAAAAUAAGAGAUCAUCUCAUUAGCAGGUAGUGAAAACCAUGGCUGGGAAAAUGGGAGUGAAGCUGCUGACUAUGCAUGACUGCUCUGAAUGUGUGAAAUGAAGAGUGCCAAGUAUUUCUUUCUUGAUAGGACAUCUUCAGUCCUUUAACCAUUAAGACUCCAUUUGUGCCUCUUGGACCCAUGCAGGCCCUGAAUGCAGUGGAAGUGGUUCAGUCCCUUGCUGAACAUGUGGUAUUUGGAAGUUUGUGGCUAAGCUGGCCCAACAAUGUAAAUAAUAAUCAUUCAUAAAUCAAUGGGAGACUCGUGUGACUAUUUUUUCCCCUUGUUCUAGACACAGAAAAAAAAUAGUUCAGCUUAAAAAUAUGCUUACAUUUGAGAAAGGAUUAGGCAGAAACAAAAGGUUUGAAGGAUUACUGACUGUAAGUGACAGAAAAAAAGUUGUGGGUUUAGCUGAAACAAGGUUAUCAUGCAGAAUUGGGUAAGAAUGCUUCUGUUCAUGGAAAACGCAGAGUUAACUGCACAUGUCCACACGAGGGGCUGGAGUUACCUGAUCACAUUGAGAGAAUGCUGGGCA